UUGAGUUCGUUACAACUUGAAACAGCAGUUGCUUUCCUUCUUCUUCUUCUUCAAACGUAAUCUCUUUCUCUCUUCUCAUCCCUACCGAUCUUCAAAAGCUUGCCGGAAUAAGUCAUCCGCCGUCAAAUCAGCCGCCGUUUCUUUUCUCAGAUGAUCUAACGUCAUGCCGCCGCCUUUAAUGUCUGCUUCUAACUCUGCACGGUCCUUCCUCAUCUCCUUCAGAAGCUUCCAUUCACAAUGCAGUAGUAGUACACCACCACAACACUGGUUUUCCUUACUUAAACAAUGCAAUGCCCGAUCUCUCCAAACAAUCCAGACGAUUCACGCGUUUGCGAUCACAAUAGGCUGGUGGGGCUUAUACUCUGAAGCUAUAAUUCUUCGUAACAACAUCAUGUCCGGAUACAUUGCUGCAGGUAAGUUAGGGUACGCACGCGAACUGUUCGAUGAAAUGCAAGAGAGAAAUGCUGCUUCGUAUAACAUUAUAAUUGGAGGUUACAGUCGUAAGAGCGAUGAAAUGGAGGCUUGGGAGUUGUUUUAUGAGAUGAGAAUGAACAGGUUUUGGCCUACGCAAUAUACAUUUAGCGGGAUCUUAGCUUGCAAAAGUUUGGAUAUAAACAAGGGAUGUAUCUUACAUGGUUUGAUUUUGAAAACAGGUAUGCUUCAGAUUAACGCUUUUGUUGGGACGGCAUUGAUGAACAUGUAUGGUAUGCAUGGUUUCGUAGAAGAAGCUUUUGAUUUAUUUGUUGAUAUGCCGAACAAGAACUUGGUUACAUGGAAUACCAUGAUAUCUUUGUUUGGACGCAAUGGAUUUCCUCAACAAUCCUUCUUUAUGUUCAGAGAUUUGUUAAGGAUGGAAGAAGAAGAAGAACGCAUCUCUGAACCUUCCUAUAUUGGUGUAUUAUCAUCAUGUUCACAUCCAGACAACCUUGAAGAAGGACAUCAAAUACAUGGAUUAGUGAUGAAAAACGGGUUUCUCGAUACAGUUACACUCGCGAAUUCUCUUAUAAACAUGUACGCUAAAUGCUCGGGUCUCCAGAUAGCAGAGAAGAUCUUCAACGAGAUAAAGCCUUAUUCGAACGUUGUUUCGUGGAAUACAAUUCUUGGAUUAAUGGCGAAAACUGAUCAAACUGAAAACGGGGUUAAUUUCUUUUUAGAAAUGCUACGGAAUGGAGUCCGACCAAACCAGGCAACUUUCGUGAGUGCGGUUAACUUGUUUACAUCCUUGUGUGCCCCAAUAUAUGGAGAAUUCGUCCACGCCAAGAUCAUCAAACAGAUAUCGGAGACUGACUUACAUGUCGGGUCGGUUUUGGUUGAUUUCUACGCGAAACACGGAUUGUUGGAAGAAUCGCGACGUUGCUUCGACGAGAUAUGUGAGAAGAAUGUAGUUUCGUGGAACGGGUUGAUCAAUGGUUACUCAAACCGAUGCUGGUUAACUUCGAUUUCACUUCUGAAGGAGAUGAUUCUAUCCGGUCCUCCACCAAACGAAGUUUCGUUCUCGACCCUACUUAAAUCGUUUCUUCCGUUAACGCUGUUAGAGCAGAUUCACUCUUCGAUAGUAAAAAAUGGGUACGAACAGAACGAGUAUGUUUUAAGCUCUCUAAUAACUUCAUACGCGGAAAACAAUAUAAUAUACAACGACGCUUUCCAUGCUCAGGAAUCGGUUUUCGUAUAUAACGCAAUUGCAGCUGUUUAUAACAGAACAGGACAGUAUCAUAAAACACAAGAGUUGUUUACUCGGCUGAUGGAACCGGAUUUAUUGUCAUGGAACAUAUUGAUCGAAGCUUGCUGUCGUAACAACGAUCUAUACGAGGUUUUCGAUCUUUUCAAACAAAUGCGAAAAUCCGGACAGCAUCCAGACAAUUGCACUUACAUUAGCCUCUUGACGGCUUGUACUAAACUCUGUAACCUAGCUUUGGGUAGUAGCCUACACGGUUUCAUCGUAAAGAAUGAUUUCAAACUUUGCGACACGUUUGUUUGCAAUGUUAUGAUAGACAUGUACGGAAAAUGUGGAAGUCCUUCGAGUUCUUUGAAGAUCUUCGAAGAAACAGUGGAGAAAAAUGUGAUAACAUGGACUGCGCUAAUUUCGGCGCUUGGACUUCACGGGAAAGGGGAGGAGGCUUUGGAGAAGUUUAGAGAAAUGGAGGCGGUUGGCGAGUUGAAGCCAGAUGGUGUUACUUUCAUGGCUGUGCUUUCGGCUUGUAGACAUGCUGGUUUGGUUUGUGAAGGGAUGGAAGUUUUUAGUACAAUGGAGAUUGAACCAGAUAUUGGUCAUUAUGUUGUAAUGGUGGGUAUGCUGACCAUAUGUGGUCGCUUUAAGGAGGCGGAAAGGUUAAUCUGUAAAAUGCCUUUUCCGCCAAAUGCUUUGAUAUGGCGGAGUUUUCUCGAAGGAUGCAGACGAUGGCAUGCUGUAAGCAGUUUUAUAUGAAAAUUUUGGAUUCAGUUAUGUA